AUGGUGCUUGGUUUGAUAGUGCGGUUGGUAUUUAUACCAGGGACAUAUGCGAGCCCUUCCACGAUGCUUGGAAGGACAUUAGCGACAUGGACAAGAGGACAAUUCAGGACCGGAUGCUGGACUGGUUUAACGUGGACUACAACUACAAGAACGGCAUUUUGAGGUCCGUUGUUGAUAGGGAGGCAUCAAAGUGCUACAAGGACUGGAAAAGUUCCCUGCACCGCCACUACAAACACUAUGGUAGAGAAAGUCUCCCGAGUAACAUGAGAAAUCAAGUUCAUUGGGAUCGUUGUUGCGAUAUGUUCUCCGGCGACAAAUUUCAAAAAAUAUCAGAGACAAAUAAAACUAAUCGCAGCAACCAAAAGUAUCCAAGCUUAUAUGGUCGGUUAUCGUACUCUUAGCAUCGCAAU